UUGAGUUGGUUUCCUAUCGUUGCCAUCAGUGGGACAGAGAAACACCCCCCUCCUGUGUUGACACUUUGUAACUACAUCAUCCCCACCUCCGCAGCGCGUUUUCUGAUUGGCUAGAACACCGUACGGGUGCUCAGUAGGGUCUAAAAUGAAUAAAAAAUUUAAAAAGCUAAAUCGAACAUGUUGAAUGAGAUUUAAUUGUACAGCGUUUCAUUUCUUCUAUAAGUGAGCUGUUUUCAGAUAUUGCUAUUGGACUUGAUUGUAAAUAAUUCGUUUUUAGAUUAAAGCUUUGCGUUUUGCUCUGCUGUUCUCUCAGUCAAACAAGCAGGUAGCUAGCAGCUGUAGCCUUAGCAGCAGCUGGUAGCAAUGGCUGCAGUUAUUCUGAGUUUUCCAACACUGCAAGGUCUGAGGAUAUUCACACAGAAGCUGUUAUGGACCAAAAGAGGAGUGAGGUUUGUUUCAGGAGAGGUGGGAAGAAUCGAAAAGGUUCUGAUCGCCAACCGAGGAGAGAUUGCGUGCCGUGUGAUGCGAACGGCUAAAAAGAUGGGCGUCCGCUCUGUGGCGGUGUACAGCGACGCAGACAGACACUCCAUGCACGUUGCCAUGGCGGAUGAAGCGUACCACAUCGGGCCGCCUCCUUCCCAACAAAGUUACCUCUCCAUGGAGAAAGUUCUGGAAGUGGCCAAAAGAUCCGGAUCACAUGCGGUCCAUCCAGGCUACGGCUUUCUGUCUGAAAACACAGAGUUUGCUGAGGCCUGUAAACAGGAAGGAAUCAUCUUCAUCGGACCUCCAUCUUCUGCCAUCCGAGACAUGGGCAUCAAGAGCACAUCCAAACACAUCAUGUCUGCCGCUGGGGUGCCAAUCAUAGGCGGUUACCAUGGAGAGGACCAAUCAAAUGAGAGGCUGCAAGCUGAGGCUUCCCGGAUCGGGUUUCCGGUCAUGAUCAAGGCAGUCCGUGGAGGAGGAGGGAAAGGAAUGCGAAUCGCUCGGUCGGACUCCGACUUCCUGGAGCAGCUGGAGUCGGCGAGACGGGAAGCCAGGAAGUCCUUCAACGACGACGUGAUGCUGGUGGAGAAGUUUGUCGAAGAUCCCAGACAUGUGGAGGUUCAGGUGUUUGGGGACAUGCAUGGAAACGCCGUCUACCUGUUUGAGAGGGACUGCAGCGUCCAGAGGAGACAUCAGAAGAUAAUCGAGGAGGCUCCGGGGCCUGGAAUCAGUCCUGAUGUUCGGAGGAAACUGGGAGAAGCCGCCGUCAGAGCAGCCAAGGCUGUGAACUACGUGGGAGCAGGCACGGUGGAGUUCAUAAUGGACGCUCAGCAGAACUUCUACUUCAUGGAGAUGAACACCCGGCUGCAGGUGGAGCAUCCAGUCAGUGAGAUGAUCACAGGAACCGACUUGGUGGAGUGGCAGCUCCGGGUGGCAGCGGGGGAGCGGCUGCCUCUCCUCCAGGAGGACAUUACCUUGAGUGGCCACUCCUUUGAAGCCCGAAUCUACGCCGAGGACCCAAACAACGACUUUCUGCCUGGAGCGGGGCCACUGCUGCACCUAUCCACGCCUGCAGCAGACCAGCACACCCGCAUAGAAACCGGCGUCAGAGAAGGUGACGAGGUUUCUGCCCACUAUGACCCGAUGAUCGCCAAGCUUGUAGUUUGGGGAGAAGACCGAUCUGCUGCCCUGAAGAAACUCAGAUAUUGUUUACGACAAUAUAAUAUUGUAGGUCUGAACACCAACAUAGACUUCCUGCUGAGCCUCUCCGGCCACCCCGAGUUCGAGGCCGGACGCGUGAGCACCAGCUUCAUCCCUCAGCACUACGCCGACCUCUUCCCCGCUCCCAGAGCGCCGUCCGGGGAGACGCUCUGCCAGGCCGCCCUGGGCCUGCUGCUGCAGGAGAGGAAACACACCGAGGCCUUCACCCAGGCCUCCACAGAUCCCUUCUCACCGUUUGGCUCCAGCAGUGGUUGGAGGAACAACAUUCAGUUUAACAGAAAUAUGAGGCUGCAGCUGGGAGACAAAAAGGUCGAUGUUGUCGUCACAUAUAACUCGGAUGGAAGCUACAGAAUGCAGGUUGGACAGGCGGUGUACCAUGUGACCGGCGCCGUGGAGCUGGAGGGCGGCGCUUCGUUCCUCCACUGCUCCGUGAACGGAGUGAAGUCCCGACCCAAACUGGUGGUUCUGGAUGACACGGUUCACCUGUUCUCCAUGGAAGGAAGCGCUCAGGUUUCUGUUCCUGUGCCAAAACACCUGGCCGGUGUGAGCGGGUCGGGCCAGCAGGGCGGCGCCGUCGCCCCCAUGACGGGAACCAUAGAGAAGGUGCUGGUGAAGGCUGGAGAUAAAGUAACGGCUGGAGACCCGCUGAUGGUCAUGAUCGCCAUGAAGAUGGAGCACACGAUCCGGGCUCCAAAGUCAGGUGUGAUUAAGAAGGUUUUUUUCGUCGAGGGAUCUCAGGCCAGUCGGCACGCUGCUCUGGUGGAACUGGAGGAGGAAGAGGAGGAGAAGGAGGAAGAGGGGAGCAGCCAGUAAACGUUCAAACCCACCGACAGGAAGAAGAGCAGGAGGCAAGCUGAGUGAGAGUCAGAAUCUCCUGUCGUAGAGCAGCAAAGUCUUUCAAAGUUUCCCUCUUACUCACAUGAAUGCAUCAGAAUCGGAACCAGUUUAUUUUCCAAGUGAAUCAUGCGCAGCACCUUCAGGAUGCAUUCAGUGUCAGGACGCCUCUUUUCUUCAGUCUGGUGUCAUUUUCCUGCUUUUACUCGACACAUAAAAGAGGGAAAGAAAAUAAUGUGCAGCUUUUCCACCAAAAGAAGCACAAAACACAAAAAGUGGCAAAUGAAAGAAAAACAGCAGGAAGUACAACAGCUAUUAGAAGUUUCAUUAGAAACUGGUUGAUUAAAUAAUUUUCCAACUCUGCUCAAAGUUGCCUUUUGUGGAGAUAAAAAAAAAAAAGUUAAUUUUUACAGAUGAAGUGUGAGCUCAUCUCUGCGACUCAGCAGGUCUUUACGGUGCUUUGUUACUGAACUGAAAGUUUCCAGAAAAGCAAAGGUUUCAUUUGACUGGAAAAUAUGAAGGAGUAUCAGGGCCAUGCUAAGGAAAGAACUAAAAAAUAAAAUUAAGAGAAUAAAGUCAGAAUAAUACAAAAAUAAAAUCGUAUUUUGGGAUUAAAGUCUUGAAAUAUGAAACUUUAUUCAGAUUUCAAAUAUAUGAGAAUAAAGUUAAAAUAAAACAAUAAAGUUGUAAUACAAAAAUGGUCUAAAUAAUGAGAAUAAAACCAUAUUCUGCGAACAAAACCAAACUAACUCAAGUUGUUACAUAACUUUAUAAUUUUAUGACUUUAUUUUUGCAAUUAUAUUUUUGCAUAUUUUCUUAGCGUGGCUCUAAAACUCCAUCAUGAGAAAAACCUCAAACUAACAUUUUUACUAAUCCUGAUGUCAGAAGUUUCGCGUUCGCAUCAGAAACACUCCAGAGGGAUUUUGUGGGAGGAUGUUUUAUUCUUGGUGUAAAUCAGUCGCUGUGACCCCAGAUUGACCCCGUGCUGCUCGAUAAGUGGGUCGCUGCUUUCGGCAGACAGAUGUUUGUUUCCGUUUCUCUCCUCCAGCGGAUGAUUUUCACACGCAGGACAGUCUGACGGAUUUUUCUCUCCUUACCGACGGUGAGGCUGUAUUCUCUGUGUUCACUUCCUGGAUUGUUUGUAGCUGAUUAUAACUGUUAGUUUUGUCAAAUACUGUAAUAAAUGAUUUUUUUCUAAAUACA